CUGCUGGCUCCGCCCCCAGCUCUCUAGCUGGCAGUUCGGGCAGGGGUUCCCCUAUCUCCGUACGUUCGGGCAGUGAUGGUAUCGCUAGGGGUCGGUAGGGUGAUGCCCGGCUGCGCCUUCCUCGCCUGGAACCUGCUGCUCCUCUCGGCUGCUCACUCCGUCCGACUCUCCCGGCAGUUCGGCUCAGCCCAGCAAUAUGGCAGCAGCAACCCGGGACCCAGCUAUGAGACCUACUACUUCACCCAGCAGGUCGACCACUUCGGAUUUUAUGAGGAUGCCACCUUCAAGCAGCGCUACUUAGUGUCGGACACCUACUGGAGGAAACCUGGGGGCCCCAUAUUAUUCUAUACUGGCAAUGAAGGAGACAUUACUUUGUUCUGUAAUAAUACAGGGUUUAUGUGGGAUGUGGCUGAGGAGAUGGGAGCCAUGUUGGUGUUUGCAGAACAUCGCUAUUAUGGAGAAUCAAUGCCCUUCGGAGAUUUGGCAUUCAGUGAUCCCAAACACCUGAAUUAUUUAACGUCGGAGCAGGCCUUGGCCGAUUUCGCCGUUCUCCUGAGAUACUUUAAAGCCACCACGGAAGGAGCUCAGAACAGCCCGGUCAUUGCCUUGGGGGGGUCCUAUGGCGGGAUGCUGGCUGCCUGGUUCAGGAUGAAGUACCCAGACGUGGUGGUAGGAGCCAUUGCAUCAUCUGCCCCUAUCUGGCAAUUUGAGGAUUUAGUGCCCUGCAAUGAAUAUUAUCAGGUUGUAACAAAUGACUUCAAGAAGAGCGGGCCUGGGUGCUCAGAAAGUGUCCGGAACUCUUGGGCGGCCAUUAACCGCAUGGCCGAAACAACUGACGGGCUGCAGUGGCUCUCCAACGCUUUCCACUUGUGCUGCCCGCUGAAAAGCAAAGAGGAUGUGGCCGUGUUCAAGGGUUGGCUGAGUGAGACGUGGGUGAGCCUGGCCAUGGUGGAUUAUCCGUAUCCUGCCAGCUUCCUGGAGCCUCUGCCGGCCUGGCCUAUUCAGGUAGUCUGCAAAUUCCUGAAGGACCCCAAGAGCGGAGACAAGGACCUGCUGCAGGACAUAUUCCAGGCCGUGAAUGUUUAUUACAAUUACACCGGCGACACCCCGUGCCUGAAUACCUCUCAGACUGCUUCCGGGAGCCUCGGGGACCUGGGCUGGAGUUACCAGGCUUGCACAGAGAUGGUGAUGCCGUUCUGCUCGGAUGGGGUGAGCGACAUGUUUGAGCCCCAGUCGUGGGACUUGCAGGCUUUCUCCGACGAGUGUUACAAGCAGUGGGGGGUCCGGCCGCGGGGCUCCUGGGUAACAACUGUGUAUGGUGGGAAGAACAUCAGCUCACACAGCAAUAUCAUAUUCAGUAAUGGCGGCUUGGAUCCAUGGUCGGCCGGCGGAGUGAAGGAGAGCCUGAGUGACUCUUUAUUGGCUGUUCUGAUUCCGGAAGGGGCUCACCACUUGGACCUGCGCUCUAACAACGCCGAUGACCCCAAGUCGGUGCUGCUGGCUCGCUCGCUGGAGGUGGAAUACAUGAAGAAAUGGAUUGCGCAAGCGAGAACUGGGAGGGACUAAAGACUUUCUGCCGAUGAUGAUGAUGAUGCAUUUGAAGGCCAAUCAGUCUAAAGGAGCGUUGGCUGCCUAUUGGCCUAUGGAUAAUAAUCCCUGUGCUGUUAAUGAUGAGUGGGUCUUAUAAAUGGCAGUAACGAGACCCUCAUCAUCUUAUUCAGCCCCCUCCCCCCCCACCAGAGAGGAAUUCAGUCCUGUUUUCCCCUGAUCAUUCGAACACGGUAGCCGGGGGGUUAAUAAUAGGAAAGUAAUAUUUCAUCUAAAGGGGAUUUAAACCCAAAAAGUGACUUUUGGCUCAGCAGCUCUAUUUAGAGUCUGUACAGGAAGUGCCCAGUGCAAUCCUGGGAUUAGCAGUACUAAACGGCAGUACAAAACUGCUAAUAUCCCCCAUACGUUUGCUCAGAGGGCUAUGUUUAAAUCAAUUUAUUUUUUGGGGGUGGGGGGGUUAGAUGUCCUUUGAUUCAUUUUUAAUUUACUCAGUUAUGAUUGUGACACCAAAGUGGCCCUGGGAUAGGCUAAGGCAAGUAGCCAAUGGGUCAUUGUGGCUGAGGCGGCCCCCCAGCGAAGAACAGUGGCCGCCAAAAUACUCCUGUCUGAGGGUCUGCUCCUAUUACUGAACCAUGUAGGCAUCUAACACACACACGAUCAUGUGACUGGCAGACUUCUGUUUGAUUGGUGGGCAGGGGCAUUUUGUCAUGUGCUGGGGGGCAGCGGCAGUCAGAAUACCCCCCUGUACCUUUACCCUCAGGGCUACAUUUAUGAAGGGGAAACUCAGGUAAUAACAUGUAAUAUGUAAUAAAAGGCACUAAGUUUGCCCAGGAGCAGUAACCCAUAGCAACCAAUAGGAUGAUUGCUUUUAAACAGUUGACCAGUAAAUGCUGCCUGCUAAUUGGUUGCUAUGGGGUUACUGCUUCUGGGCAAACAUAGGGCCUUUUAUUACAUAACCCCCAUAGACUUAGGUCCAAGCUUGUAGCAACCAGUCAGUGCUCAUUUGCAGUUUGAAAGAAAGCAUCUGAUUGGUUGAUAUGAGAUACUAGACCUGAAGAUCAGCAGUGAACCUAUAUGGUAUAUUUUCAGACGUGGGCAACCAUUGGCCCUUCAGAUUAUGGGAAAAUACAGCACCUAGUCCUGCCAGCCAAUGGGACGCUGCGGGUUGUAGUUCACCAACAUCUGGAGAGCCACUAGUUUCCAACAGUGCAGUAAAAUGCUGCCUUUAUCUGAAUGUGGUGUAGGCAACGUUGUAAAUUAAUGUAUAAAAUACGAAGCGACAGGGGACUGGAUCCUUCUGCUCCGAUAUUGUGCGAAUAAACGAAAGCGUUCUGGUACUCGGGGAUCUGCGCCGGAUCUCUGCAAUCUCAUUGGUGGCUCAAGUAUUAAAUGGCAGCUCUUUGAUUAGGGGGGGCAUAUCUGAUGUCACUUGUUUCAAGGUCAACUUCACCCUAAAUAAAUGUUAAUAUAAAGCAGAUGGAAGUCAUUUUCAUUGCUCCUAAUAGAAUUCAUUGUUGCUGGAAGGGUCAGGGACCCCGACAACCUCAAAGUAAAUAAUAGUGACACCUAAUUUUGUCCCUUUUUGUUUUUUUUAUUACUCGCCUCUGCUUAUUUUUCUUCCAUUUUUGUUUCCAUACAGACCACUGCCUGGUUGCUAGGGACAGUGGGACUGUAGCAACCACAUUUGUGAUUGGGCAGAACACCCAAAACUGCCCAUGCUGGAGCUCUCCAUACUUUUGCUAUGCACUCAGCUUCUCAGCUUGCUGCUGUUUAGGCACGGACCCCCCCCCCACCCCCCAGAUUCAAAAUGUUACUGAUUAAGGAUUUUGUAUGCUAUUGUAAAAUAAAUUCUGAUUUAAAAA